GUCACGCUUUCAAAACCACUGCCUCACCUCUCGGCUUUACGCAGCUGCACCCACGUUUCGUUUCCUGGACUGUCUUGUGCGGGUGGGUGGACGACACCAAAAGUUGCGGCGUUAAAUUACUCUUGUUCCUCGGUGUGCCUUACUUACCUUAUUAGACUAACGCAGUGGCGGAAUUGACGCUAGGAAGCAACAGAGCCAGUGGACUUGUUGAGCCCACACAAGAGUGUGUCUCAACAGCUUCGUGAUCGAGAGUGAGUUCGUGCCGGCGUAGGGGCGUAGCCGCAUGUUAAGCAAUCGGGAUGUCAUCUUUGACACGAAACAUAGUACCAAUGUUUAAAAAAUAAAUAGCCGUUCGGUUCUAGUAUUCUCCCCAAUUGCAAAUAUGUCACGAGAUCGUGCAGCUUAAAACACUGCUGAAUUCGUAACUAAUUCGGCAAAAAGCUUUAGGUUUUUACUUCUAGUUGCUGCAACAUUAAUGUAUUUACAUAGUUAUUGUGAUGUUAUUAUCGGACGUAGGCAGCGCCCAGAUCUGCCAAGUAGUUAUGUCACCUAGACCCGAGUUAACGUCUAGAUGAACUGCAAUGAACUCAUACAAGUCUUCGAUACCUGCGCGCGCAUCAGGUUGUGUUCGGUGACAGCAUAUCCGCCAGUGUCUUCUUGGGACAUCGUCCGGCAGUACGUAGACGCAGUGACGGCAACACUGUUGGGACAUCUUAGGAUACUUCAGAUCGACUGUUGUGCCUAUUCAGUACUACCGACGAACUCCCGUUGGGUUUUACAGUAUGGAGAAAAGCAUCGCAUCUGAAAGUGCUCAAACCGACAUCUGUUGACGCGUACAGGGAGGGCUUCUCCGUGCAAUUCUACUCCAAGUAAUCACACGUGUUGCUGGUUUCUCCCAGCACCUCGCCUCGGUGCCAGCGGAUCAACAUAUGGGCGUUGUGCUAUGUACGCGGAGGUGGGCAAGGAGUCCAUGGACCACCUAGGUUGUCCGCUGGUAGCCGGCAAGAUUUCGUCGCCGUGGACACCGACGAGCUCCGGGCCGCCGGCCGACACCGCAGGCUCCGGCUCGGACUCGAAGAACCUCGACGUGGGCGACGAGGUAAGCGACGAGGAUGACAAGGACCUGUCGGCGGCGGACGCGGAGGGCGUCUGGAGCCCCGACAUCGAGCAGAGCUUCCAGGAGGCGCUCGCCAUCUACCCGCCCUGCGGACGCCGCAAAAUCAUCCUCUCCGACGAGGGCAAGAUGUACGGUCGCAACGAGCUAAUAGCCAGAUACAUAAAACUUCGGACAGGGAAGACAAGAACUCGCAAGCAGGUCAGCUCUCAUAUACAAGUGCUGGCAAGAAGAAAGCUCAGAGAAAUUCAAGCAAAACUAAAAGUUUCUCCCACACAGGACCAUGCAGCAAAGGAGAAAGCUCUGCAGACGAUGUCCAGCAUGUCCAGUGCACAAAUUGUGUCAGCGACAGCUAUUCAUAACAAGGCAGCAGCUGCUGGUUUGGCAAGCCUGGGCCUCGGGUCACCAGUGUCUUAUCCUGCACCAUUUUGGCAACCAGGUCUUCAGCCAGGAACUUCACAAGAUGUUAAGCCUUUUGCACAACCUCCUUAUGGUGGGAAGCCAGCAACAGCUGUGUCCUCCAGUGACAUGACACUGCAGGCCCCACCACCACCUCCAUGGGAAGGUCGUGCUAUUGCAACGCAUAAGCUCCGUCUCGUUGAAUUCUCUGCCUUCAUGGAACAGCAGCAAGAUGCCGAUACUUACCACAAACAUUUGUUUGUGCACAUAGGUGAAUCAGCCAGCUACUCUGUGCCACUGUUAGAGGCAGUUGAUGUCCGACAGAUUUAUGAUAAGUUUCCUGAGAAGAAAGGUGGCUUGAAAGAGCUUUAUGACAAAGGACCGCAGAAUGCAUUUUUCCUUGUCAAAUUCUGGGCAGAUCUGAACACUAACAUCCAGGAUGAAGCUGGAGCCUUCUAUGGAGUUACAAGCCAGUAUGAAAGUAAUGAAAAUAUGACUAUUACUUGUUCUACAAAGGUAUGUUCAUUUGGUAAACAAGUAGUGGAAAAGGUUGAAACAGAAUAUGCAAGGUUCGAAAAUGGACGGUUUGUGUACCGUAUUCAUCGCUCACCAAUGUGUGAAUACAUGAUCAACUUCAUCCACAAGUUGAAACACUUGCCUGAAAAGUACAUGAUGAACAGUGUACUUGAGAAUUUCACUAUCCUACAGGUGGUCACAAAUCGUGAAACCCAAGAAACUCUCCUGUGUACAGCUUAUGUGUUUGAGGUGUCAACUUCUGAACAUGGUGCUCAACACCAUAUCUAUAGGCUGGUGAAGGACUGAAUAAAUGAAAGAAACACUUUCCAACAGUGCCUAGAACCGCUGACAUCUGUACAUUAAUGUUUCAUCAAGUAUUAUUUUUGUUAUAAGUGACCCUUGUGGGUGGGCAAACAGCUCCUCCACAGUAAGUGUUCUGGACUCUUGUCAGCGGUGCCAGGGAUGCCAGAUGACAGAAUGUUUGUGAUACUACUAAGUUGGUAUUGAAGCUCGAAUUACACCACUAGAUUAUAUUUUUAUUGUGAUCAAAUGAGAGCUAAAUUUGUUAUUGGAAGGAGUUUGUCAGUUGGCGUGUACACUUUCAGAUUGAAAAGUUAUAUACUCAAGUAUAUAGUUGCAAUCGACAUGGCAUCCCUAGUGUUAAUAUCUACACCAUUUGAAAUAUAAAGAAGUCUAAUGAAGUUAAAUAGUAAAUGAAAAUUGAAUCGAGUGGCAAUUUUUGAUCUCUGUUUUAGUCAAAUAUUUUCGUGGUGAGAAGUAAAAUUAUGUAGUAUUUUACACGGUGGCAGCUGUGCGUUUACUUAAAAAUGAAAGUGGAACAUACUGUGGAUAGAAUAUUUUCUUUUAUAUGUAUUUAACUACAAUCUGGCAUUUAAAAUGUGCUUGUUAAUGAAAUCAGCAUCACUAUGUAUGUAUAUAUGUGGAUACUAUACAUACAUAUUUAUAUAUAUUUUAAAAAUAUCUUCUGUGAAGAUGUAGGGCACUCUUUCACUAAUACAAUUGAAAGCAAAAAAAAAGGUCAUUGCUGUAAAUAGGUUUACAUGGAUGAGUAAAUUCUAUGUUUUCCUUGUGCCAAGAGAAGACUAAACAACUAUUCAGCAGUUUGGCUAAAACAUUUAUAACACUGAAUUUCCAGAAGGAUUUGGCCAUAUCUGGAACUGCCAUAUCACAGUAGAGGUUUCUUGUUUGUACUUAAUGAGAUAAAUAUAUGUAUAAUAAGAAGAAUAUGCUAUAUGCCACAAUGGUAAACUUUUACAGUGUGAAAAAAGAUUAAGAUAUUUCUAUGAUUAGUUAUUCCUUUGUGGUGUAGCACUUGAGUAAGUGCCUUUUCUGUACUCUUCAUGUUGACUGAAUUUUACCUAUGCCAAUGCUUUCUCUGCAAAAUAUUACAAGGAUUUAUUUUGGCACAAUUAUUUUGUCAGGAGUUUUGUGAUUUGUUGGAGUCGUCAUGUUGUAUCCUAUAUUGAUUUCUAUUGUUUGCAGGUUUCUGAACUAGGGAUCAAAGUUCAAAAUGACAUGAAAAUAGAACGCUUAAUUCAGUAUUUGUUCAUAGUGGAAAAACAGCAAAAUAUAAGUUCUGAGGAUCCUGGCUUCUGUACAAAAAAUCUCUAUACACUGUACACAAUUCAUCAUAUGUGCAUGACAAAUAAUUUACCCUGCUGCCUCGUACCAGCAGUUUAAAAAUAAUCUGUGCCAUUUAUGUGACUGUAAUUAAGAAACAGAAAUGUGAAAAGCAGAGCUUUUAUGUAAAUUUUUAUUAAAUUAAUUCUAAACUUAAUUAAUGUAUGUUUUAUGGAUACUUUAGAAAUAGAAUUUAACUUACUGAUAUUAUUUAAUUUGAAAGUAAUUUCACUCUUGACCAGUUAUAUUUUAAAUAUUCCCUGUAGAAGUGAACAGAAUAUUUUAAUGCAUUGAGUAAUAAUGUGAUAGUCUAUUGAUAACUUCAUUUUCUUCUGUUUAGCGUGUUUUUUGUAAAAUAAUAUUCUUUUUCAUAGUAUCCUGUGACUAUAGUUAAGACAUGGAGAGCUUUUUUAUAGUUUAUAUUUUAUUUUAGCUUAGAAGAAUAAGUGUUUUAAACACAUUUUGUACAAAGCAGUUUUUAAUUUUCUAAGUUGCCAUAUAUAAAUGAUUGUUGUGAUAUGUUUGAAUAUUUGACAGCAGUUUCCUUGAUGGUGAUACAUUUGUAUUCAGUUGGAAUAAAAUGACUUUCUCUCUGAGCCAGUGGGCUGUAGCUAACCAAACUGAGUAAAGAUUGGCAUUUCAUUUGUAUUAGUGCAAUGUCACAUGUAUGACUACAUGAGAGAUUUUCAGGAUGCAAUUCUGCAUCAGUUUGUUGUAACUCUUGUGUCUUAAAACUUUUGAUUCUUGUGUUGUGAGUUGAACUUGCAUGUUAGUACUACCAGAUUUUAUUUACUUUGCAUGUGAGAUUGUGUUGUGUUAUAUUUUAUGGGUCCUUCCUUUAUUUGCAGCUUUUUAUUUGGUUUGGGUUUUUAUUUUGUUUCACUCUUAGUAUCUUUAAAUAAAUUGUUAUUUCAAGCCCUGAAAGUAAGAGACCUGUUUGUACUAUUUUUGUGUUUCACCUUACUUGUAUUUGGCAGCAAAACUAGAACAAAACAGAAAGUUAUGAAAAAAUAAAGUGGACUCUUUUGUACAGUUGAUAAUCAGUCUUCAUUAUUUAAUUGCCUUUCAUCCCAUCACACUUCGUAUUUCCCAGUUUUCACUGUUACAUGUUCACAAAGGCAACUCUCCCGUACUUACGUCCUGAAUGUAUAAUGACAUGAAUGUAGUAGUAUUAUGCCACUUGAAAGACUAAAUUCAAGUCAAAGUCUUGACUGCUUAAAAGUUAACCAUUUUUAUAAUUUGAUUACACCUUGGGUGCCAAAAUGAACUUGCAAAACUGUAACAGUCUAGGAAUAAUUGUGAUGUUGCUCACAGGAGAAACUAAUAUUUGUGCUGUGGAGAUGGAAACUGUAACAAUGCUGUUUUAUUGUGGAUCAGUAUUUUGUAGCUGGUCAGUGCAGGAGGUAUGAAAGAUUUUAUAUUUUGUACAUUUACAACAUUCCACUUAAAAAUACUCAACCAAUUAAAGAGAUAUACUCUAGAUGACACUGGUUUUGGUUAUGCUACUAUGGAAAAAUGGGAUGUUCUUAUAUAACAGAUGGCAGCAGGUGCUAAACGUACUUUAUAGUCUCCUUUAUAUUUUUUCUCUUUGUGGUUAGUAUACGAGUUGCUGACAGCAGAAAGUAAACAUCUCCAGAAUUUUUAAAAUUCAUUUUCUUGUGAAAUCCAACUUGGGAAGCCUGUCAUUUACCACACAUAUGAAACUCAUCCACAGUCAUUAAAGUGUCUCUAGCAACAACUAUAAUUCACUGCUUACUGCAAAAAGGGAACAUGUCGUGGCACCAUCAGGAGAAAACUGAAUACACCUUGUAUUGGAUUCUUCACAGAAGAAAGAUAAAGUUAGUGUUCUUAUGAAAAUAGAAAGAAUACUUGGUGGCCAAAAUUCUGUUAAAACAGUUGCCUUAGUAAUGAUUCUUAUGGAAAAGGUGUUCCAUAAGAGCAAAAGAUUUAUUUAGCCCUAUUAAAGUAUCAUGAAUUUAGUUUCAGCAAAGAUACACCACAGGUAGUUCAGUUUAAGAUCAACGUCAAUAGCCAGCCAGCUGAUAGUUUUAUUUGAGGAAUACUCGGAUGAACUUUGAACUUCCCAAGGAACCUGCCUACAAAGCCAAACUAUGCACAAACAUCUUAAAAAUGUAUUAUAUUUAAAAAAAAAUUAAUUUAGACUUUGGAAGAAAAGAUGCAGUUUUGGAACGAAAUUCAGACAUAUCCAACAACAGAGAGGGAUGAAAUUGAGGAGAAUUUUUAAGUCUGUGUAUUUAUUU